AUGCAAAAACUCGCCAUUGCCAAACUUCUCUCCAAAACCGCUGCAACCGCUAACGAUGCUGUGAGUCGGUUAUCAUCGUUGAGUGGGAUGUAUCAUCAUCAGAGCAAUGCGAUGGGUGUUCAAGGCUUGAUGGGUAUCACCUCGCAUCAUCAUCAUCAAACGAGAAUGAUUUCCACGAGUAAUACCAAUCAUCAUGAGAGCAACACGGCGAUGAAAUUGGCCGAAGAACAAACAGAGGAACGACGAAAUAUUUUGAUUUUUGAUGACGGGAAUUUUAGAAAGCCUGCUUGGGAGAAGAAUAUGAGUAUUGGUGAUUUAAGUGCUGACCAAGAGCGUAUUGAACACGAACUGGCUGUUAGCUCGAGUUUGUACGGAGACAUGGCUGCACAACUGGAGCGUGAUAACAGGACCAACAUUCAAAAAAAGUUUGAGCAGUUCAUCGUGAAUAUGAGUCCUCGUGAUGAAGACGUGAAAUUAAUGUUGCAACAAAAGGAGUUAGAAACUCGUUCUAUGGAUAUAGCAAAAGAACGAUAUAGAAAAGACCUCCGAUCCGCAAAUAACAGAAACCAGGGAUCGUGCCUUCCUCCUGCAAAGAAAAUCAUGCUAGAAUGGUAUGAACCAUUAACAAAACUCAUCAAAGAAAAACAAGAUGAAGUCAAUUUCUCGUCAGUAUCCAAGAAAAAAUCCCUUGUUGCUAAAGUUGAUGAGUCAUCCACACAGAGUAGUCAACAAAAUUUUGCCAUCCCUCUUUGUCUAACCUCAGUAUCUGCUGAAAAACUUGCCAUCAUUUCUCUCCACGAAAUCUUGUCAUCAUGCCUACGAGAACGUUCCGGUCCACCAGUCUCUUCACUUGCAUUCCAAAUCGGUGAAGCACUGCAAGCUGAGGUCAAUGUUGACAAGCUGAAAAGAACCAACUAUUUCAAACUCAUUUCCAAGAAUCAACUGAUAUACCACAAUAUCAACAGAAUGUCCAAAUUGAAACUCAACGAAUACGUGGCUUUGUCAAAAGAAGAGCUCAUUCAAAUAGGAACGUUUUUAAUUCAUUUAGUAGUUACCGUUGCAAAAGUACCAGUUGUGGAUUCUCCCUCUGAAAACGUACCUGCUUUUAUUCACAGAAAUAUAACAAGACAAGGUAAACUGGUUGGAAUUGUUGAAGCAGAUGAAAAUUUAAUCCAACUCAUUGGUAGAGAGCACAUUGCGCAAGAAAUACUUCAUCCAAAUCACUUACCAAUGUUAAUACCGCCAAACCCUUGGAUAAACUCUACCACUGGAGGUUAUGUGGCUCUGAAAUCGUUAAUUAUGCGAACGAGAGGCUCUCAUUUACAAGCUUACAUUCUCAAGAUUGCAGACAUGAACGAAUUGUUAUCAGGUUUAAACACAUUGAACGAAACAAGGUGGAAAAUCAAUCCUAAAGUAUACGAAACAGUUUUGAAAGUUUGGAAUUCCGGAGGAGGUCUCGGAGAAUUGCCAUCCCGAUUUGACGAUGCACUUCCAGAAGAGCCUGAAACCGAUGACCCAGAAAUUAAGAAAAAGUGGAAACGCGCUGUAGCCAAGAUCAAAACACAUAAUAGAAAUUUACACUCUUUACGAUGCGACAUGUUGUUAAAGCUGAAGGUUGCAGAAGAUUUUAAGAACAAUACCUUCUACUUCCCUCAUAAUAUCGAUUUUAGAGGUAGAGCUUACCCAAUUCCACCUCAUUUGAACCAUCUUGGAGCUGAUAUUAAUAGAGGUUUGCUUACAUUUGACAAGGGAACGAAAAUUGGUCGACGAGGUAUUUUCUGGCUUAAAAUUCAUUUAGCAAAUCUCUAUGGCAAGGAUAAACUACCAUUUGAUGAAAGAGUACAGUUCGUUGAGCAAAACUUGAAUGAAAUCUUUGACUCGGCAGAUCAACCACUUGAAGGAAAUCGAUGGUGGCUGCAAUCAGAAAACCCUUGGCAAACUCUUGCUGCAUGCGUAGAGUUGGCUGAGUGUUUACGAUCAGAAAAUCCAGAAGAAUUUAUUUCUCAAUUACCAAUUCAAAUGGAUGGAUCUUGCAAUGGGCUUCAACACUAUGCAGCUUUAGGUAGAGAUAAUUUGGGUGCUUUACACGUAAACUUGUUACCAACUUCUAAACCUAUGGACGUGUAUGUAGGUGUGCUUGAAGUUGUAAAGAAGCAUAUCGAAAGAGAUAUGAAGGCAGGCAACAAAUUGGCAAAAUUAUUGCAUGGUAAUGUUUAUAGAUCAACAAUCAAGCAAACUGUGAUGACCAGCGUCUAUGGUGUCACAUUCGUUGGCGCUAGAGAACAGAUUCAAAAACGUCUUAAAGAAAAGAAGGAAGUUCCAGAAGAUGACGUAUUUGCUUGCGCAUCGUAUUUGGCAUCUAUCACCCUUAAAUCAUUAGGAGAAGUGUUCAGUAGCGCUCAAAACAUUAUGGAAUGGCUCAAUGAUUGUGCCUUACUCAUUUCUUCAUCCGAUAACCCUGUAUCAUGGACAACCCCUCUUGGAUUGCCGGUCAUACAGCCUUAUAGAUCCAAACGAACAAAGGUUGUCAAGACAGUCAUGCAAAGUGUCGUCAUUACAGACUCAUCUGACAAAUUACCUGUUAGCAGAACACGACAAAAGUCAGCAUUCCCUCCUAACUUUGUUCACUCCCUUGAUUCUUCUCACAUGUUCAUGACUGCUAGCGCUUGUCAAAAAGAAGGCAUCGAGUUUGCUUCCGUUCAUGACUCAUUUUGGUGCAAUGCUGGGAAUGUUGAUCGAAUGAACAGAAUUAUCAGAGAACAGUUCAUCAAUUUACAUUCACAACCUUUACUGGAAGAACUUUUGGCUACAUUUACUCGUCUUUAUCCAAACAUUCAGUUCCCACCACUACCAAAGAAAGGUUCUCUUGAUUUAAACCGUGUUAUUGACGCCCCAUAUUUCUUUGACUAA